AUGCCUCUCAUCGAGUCAGACGUAGCUGGUCCGUCAGAACCACUGCGACGUCUCCCUUUCCCUCCCGUUCCUUACUCACAUAUCCUACAUUGUUCCUACGACUAUUGGCAGCCUCGGUACCGUACCCUUGCGCCCAAAUCCCGUGCAAUUCCUUUAACAGCGCCAUUCAUUUCCUAUCUCCGCGCCAACGGGAUCGUCCUUCCACCAGAAACUACCCCGCCAACCAACGAUGAUAAUCUAGAUGAGUUCUCAGACGAUUCUGAUAUUGAGGAACAGCCAGACCCUUCAAACGAGUGGGCUGAGAUUCACUCUCAGAUCAAAUCCACAAUAUCUGAAUUGGGUGGCAAAGUCACUCCAAAACUGAACUGGAGCGCUCCCAAGGAUGCCACUUGGAUGUCCGCCACGAAUGAUCUCCAGUGCCGAACACCAAACGAUAUCUACCUCCUCCUUAAAAGCAGCGACUUCAUUACGCACGACCUAGAACACCCCUUUGACGGAUGCGUGCCUGAUACCUCCUACUCUCCUACUCCGACAUCCAAUCCUCCCGAGGUCAAAUACCAUCUCGUACUCCGCAAAUACGUCAACUUUAACCCUUCCCUUGAGUUUCGAUGCUUCGUGCGCAAUCGAGUGCUGCUAUGUAUUUGCCAGCGGGACCUAAAUCACUUCGACUUCCUUUUCCCGAUGCGCGACUCCCUUCGGUCCCGCAUCCAAGCGUUCUUCGACGAGAAACUCAAGGACACAUUCCCCGACCCUAGCUUUGUCUUCGACGUCUAUAUCCCACCUCCGCAUCAGCGCGUCUGGCUUGUCGAUAUCAACCCGUGGGCGAUAAGAACUGAUCCGCUGUUGUUUAGUUGGCUAGAGAUCUUGGGAAUGAAGGAUCCGGUUGGGGUGCAGGAGGAAGACGAGAGCAGUGGCGCAGAAGAGCAAUUUGUUCGCCUAUCCCUCAGGGGAAACCAUGUCGACGCCACACACCCGGACCAAGCCGAAGAAUCAGAGUCGGAAGAAAACGAAAUAGAUGAUGGCAGUGACGACGACGAUGAUCAUUCACCAUUCCUCCCUGAAUUCCGCCUAGUCAAGCAUGAUGACCCCGAAGCAUACGCGUUCACGACCCCACAAUACUCAGCGCAUAAACUACCAAAGGAAGUGGUCGAGGCUUCGAUGACUGGGCGUGGCGGGAUGAGCGAAUUCCUCGGCCAGUGGCAGGAUAUCCUGGCUCGACAGGCACAAGAGUCGGACUCGGAGUGA